CAGAGAUGUAUCUCUCUUUAUGACUGAGAUUAUGAUCACGGCAGCGGCAGUGCACGCGCACAGUUGGAACCCCCAAGUCAGUCUUAACUUUCUCUCCGGGGAAAGUCAUCAGGAUUAAGCCAAAGGGCUUUAAGCAGCAGCAGCAGCAUCAUCAUCAUCAGCAGCAGGAGCAGGAGGAGCAGGAGGAGUAGGAGCGCGCACUGUGCUGUGCGACAGUGACAGGCACGUCAAGUGUUUCCAAGCGCUAAAGUGGACGAUAAGGAGGAUUUUUUUUUCCCCCACUGAGGAGUUUUCUCUCCGGUGCUUCACUAUCAUUAUUUGACGUGGGAGAUGUUAUAGGGGUUCCGUGUCAGCCAAACGGGGCGCGCGCGUGUUGGAUGGAUGAAUAUGGAUGCACGGACGCACGGACAGCUGUGGAUCUAACCUCUUCUAAAAAAAACAAAACAACCUGUAUCACAUUUCCUCUAACAUGGAUUGCUGGAUGUUUCAAAAAAGCAAUUCAACUUUAACUUUUUAAGGACAAACGUUCACAUUCACACACUCUCUAACUUUUUAUCCUUCGUACAUUCUGUGGCUUGAUUUUUUAAUAUUAUUAAUAUUGCUAUUUUCGACUUGCUACACGUUAUUCUUUUAAGAAUCCAGAACCUCCGCCCCUCACUCUUAGAGGAGUUGUAGCGUAAAUCUCGUCGGCUCUCAUGGGAUUGAGGCAUUCGUCGCGUUGUUUGCUGCUACGGCGGAAGAUGGCGGAGGCGGACAGCUCGGAGCGGCAGCAGUCUGUCACAUCCCUCCUCUCCCAGUCUGCCCAGCCGUCCUCACUGCCUAAACCAGUGGUGCCUACUACCCACCAUGUGCCCUGUGUCCCCCACACGCCUCAUGUAGCGGCCCUGUCCACCUCUCCCGGCAGAGGCAAGAUUGCCAAGUUCCUCAGCCCGGAGGAAAUGACAUCACGGGACUACUACUUUGAUUCUUAUGCCCACUUUGGCAUCCACGAGGAGAUGCUGAAAGACGAGGUGCGGACGCUCACCUACCGCAACGCCAUGUACCACAACAAGCACGUGUUCAAGGACAAGAUCGUCCUGGAUGUUGGCAGCGGGACGGGGAUCCUGUCUAUGUUCGCCGCCAACGCUGGCGCCAAGCACGUGUACGGGAUAGAAUGUUCGAGUAUAUCCGAAUAUUCAGAGAAGAUCAUCAAGUCCAAUCACCUGCACAACGUCAUUACCAUCUUCAAGGGCAAGGUGGAGGAGGUGGAGCUUCCUGUGGAGAAGGUGGACAUAAUCAUCUCAGAGUGGAUGGGCUACUGCCUCUUCUACGAGUCCAUGCUCAACACCGUCAUCUUUGCCAGGGACAAGUGGCUGAAACCCGGAGGCCUGAUGUUUCCCGACAGAGCCUCCCUCUACGUCGUCGCCAUCGAGGACCGGCAGUACAAGGACUUCAAGAUUCACUGGUGGGAAAAUGUGUACGGCUUCGACAUGAGCUGCAUUCGCAACGUGGCCAUCAAGGAGCCUCUGGUGGACGUGGUGGAUCCCAAGCAGGUGGUGACGAACACCUGCCUCCUCAAGGAAGUGGACAUCUACACUGUGAAGCCAGAGGACCUAUCCUUCACUUCAGCCUUCUGUCUGCAGGUGCAGCGCAAUGACUACGUCCACGCCCUGGUCACGUACUUCAACAUCGAGUUCACCAAGUGUCACAAGAAGACUGGCUUUUCCACCGCUCCAGAUGCUCAGAGCACUCACUGGAAGCAGACAGUGUUCUACUUAGAGGAUUACUUAACUGUCAAGAAAGGAGAGGAGAUCUUUGGCAGUAUUGCCGUCAGGCCCAAUGAGAAGAAUGUGCGCGACCUGGAGUUCACCCUCGAGCUGGACUUUAAGGGACAACUAUGUGAGGCCGCCAUUUCCCACGACUACAAAAUGCGUUAGGUGCUCCGACGUGGAUGUUUCCUCGGCUCCUUUACUCUGGUGACACCUAAAAAGAGAUAGGGGGGGCGCAGGCUCUCCAAUGAGAAUCCCAGUUGGGCAGUGGGGGUGACCCGACGCACCUGAUGCCUUUAGUUCCAGCAGCACUUCCGUGAUGUCAUCAGAAUAGGCAACAAAUAUCUAUCAGCAAUAGUGCCAUCAAGUGUACCAACCUGAUCGACUCGGGCUCUUGAAUGUAACCUCCCAACUGAACGGGAUUUUUUUUGUUCUUUAACUUGUUUCUGGGAGUUUUAAAUGUUUUGAGGAUGAAAUAAAAAAAGCAGUGAAGUCUUUAUAUUGUUAGUGCAGCUAAUUGAUCCGAGUGAUGUGGACAAGAUGACAGCAAAGAUGUUCACUCCGCCCCUUCCCCUUAGGUACUCGUCAAGAUGUUUGAUUCAUGCACGGUAUAUUUGUAUUGAAGGUACAGUGAUUGGUUAGUGAUUUGCAUGUUUUUUAAAUCGACCGCAGAGGACGUUUCACAACAACUGGACUAGAGCAAUAGAAGAACAAACAACAACAACGCAUCAGAGCGGUAAACAACACGGUUGUCGAGAUUUUAUUUCGGAGAAGAAAAAAAAAGUGAUGAUGAAUAAAAUGUCAAAGAAUCAAGUCAGA